AUGUUUACCUAUCUAUCUACCUAUCGUGUUCUUAUCUGCAACGAGCACCACUCGUACGCUGAGCAAGCUGCUCAGCUAUGGAGACCUAUUAAGGUGCAGACGUUCUUCCGAGAGAAGCGAUAUAUCCGCUACUUUAUUAUUAAGCAGGAGCAGCAGCAGCAGCACCGUAGGCAAGAGACGGCAGAGCAAAACCAAGAAGUGAGCUAUCAGCAGCGGCUAGCCUAUCUAUCGUGCGAGUGCGACACUAUUGAGCGCAAGGAUCGCGAGGCUAUAGAGCGUAUAGCAGAAGAAGCUGAUGCUAAAGACCGUACGGGCUGGUUCAAGCGGACGCAGUGGGACGAGCACCUACAGGCCUACUCAGACUAG